GUAAAGCGCGGCGGUCGAACGGCCGGUUCCGGCUGAAUGUCAGUGCGGGGCUGUGGGCCGGAUAGGAAGGUGGUUGGUGGUGUCCCCGCCACCCCCUCCGUUACCUCCUCCGUUUCUGCCGUCGCAGCAGGCGUCCAGCCGCUCAGCCGCUCAGGCAUGAGACCGUGAAGCGAGCAACGGGCCAGGGCCGCCGACAUGUUUGGCCGCUCGCGGAGCUGGGUGGGCGGGGGCCAUGGCAAGUCUUCCCGCAAUAUCCACUCCUUGGACCACCUCAAGUAUCUGUACCAUGUUUUGACCAAAAACACCACUGUCACAGAGCAGAACCGGAACCUGCUGGUGGAGACCAUUCGAUCCAUCACCGAGAUCCUGAUCUGGGGGGAUCAGAAUGACAGCUCUGUAUUUGACUUCUUCCUGGAGAAGAACAUGUUCGUUUUCUUCUUGAACAUCCUGCGGCAGAGGUCGGGCCGCUACGUGUGCGUUCAGCUGCUGCAGACCCUGAACAUCCUCUUCGAGAACAUCAGUCACGAGACCUCGCUCUAUUAUUUGCUCUCUAAUAACUAUGUAAAUUCUAUCAUUGUCCAUAAGUUUGACUUUUCCGAUGAAGAGAUUAUGGCAUAUUACAUAUCGUUCCUGAAAACGCUUUCGUUAAAACUCAACAACCACACUGUGCAUUUCUUUUACAAUGAGCACACUAAUGACUUCGCCCUGUACACAGAAGCCAUCAAAUUUUUCAAUCACCCUGAAAGCAUGGUUAGAAUUGCUGUAAGAACCAUAACUUUAAAUGUCUACAAAGUGUCAUUGGAUAACCAGGCCAUGCUGCACUAUAUCAGAGACAAGACCGCCGUCCCUUACUUUUCCAAUCUGGUCUGGUUCAUUGGGAGCCACGUGAUCGAACUCGAUAACUGUGUACAGACAGAUGAGGAGCACCGGAAUCGGGGGAAGCUGAGUGACCUGGUGGCCGAGCACCUGGACCACCUGCACUAUCUCAACGACAUCCUGAUCAUCAACUGCGAGUUCCUCAACGAUGUGCUCACGGACCACCUGCUCAACAGGCUCUUCCUGCCCCUCUACGUGUACUCGCUGGAGAACCAGGACAAGGGAGGAGAACGGCCAAAAAUCAGCCUGCCCGUUUCCCUGUACCUUCUGUCACAGGUCUUCCUAAUUAUACACCACGCACCCCUGGUGAACUCGUUAGCUGAAGUCAUCCUGAAUGGCGAUCUGUCUGAGACGUACGCUAAGCCCGAACAGGAUGUUCAGAGAAGCUGUGCCAAGCCCAGCAUCCGGUGCUUCAUCAAACCCACCGAGACGCUAGAGCGGUCCCUUGAGAUGAACAAGCACAAGGGCAAGCGGCGGGUGCAAAAGAGACCCAACUACAAAAAUGUUGGGGAGGAGGAAGACGAGGAGAAAGGGCCAGCCGAGGAUGCCCAGGAAGACGCCGAGAAGGCUAAAGGUACAGAGGGUGGUUCCAAAGGCACCAAGACCAGUGGGGAGAAUGAAGAGAUAGAGAUGGUGAUCAUGGAGCGCAGCAAGCUCCCGGAGCUGGCGGCUGGCACCUCGGUGCAGGAGCAGAACACCACGGACGAGGAGAAGAGCGCUGCCACCGGCCUGGAGAGCGCCCAGUGGAGCAGACCCUUCCUGGAUAUGGUGUACCACGCCCUGGACAGCCCGGACGAUGACUACCACGCGCUGUUCGUGCUCUGCCUGCUGUACGCCAUGUCUCACAACAAAGGCAUGGAUCCUGAGAAGCUAGAGCGGAUCCAGCUCCCAGUGCCCAGCGCAGCUGAGAAGACUGCCUACAACCACCUUCUGGCCGAGAGGCUCAUCAGGAUCAUGAACAGCGCCGCGCAGCCAGACGGGAAGAUCCGGCUGGCCACGCUGGAGCUGAGCUGCCUGCUGCUGAAGCAGCAAGUCGUCACCAGCACGGGCUGCAUCAUCAAAGACGUGCACCUGGCCUGCUUGGAGGGCGCCAGAGAAGAAAGCGUUCACCUGGUGCGGCACUUUUAUAAGGGAGAAGAAAUCUUCUUGGACAUGUUCGAAGACGAGUACAGGAGCAUGACGAUGAAGCCCAUGAACGUGGAAUAUCUCAUGAUGGACGCCUCCAUCCUGCUGCCCCCGACGGGCACGCCGCUGACCGGCAUCGACUUUGUGAAGCGGCUGCCUUGCGGGGACGUGGAGAAGACGCGGCGGGCCAUCCGGGUGUUCUUCAUGCUCCGCUCCCUGUCACUGCAACUGCGAGGGGAGCCCGAGACCCAGCUGCCGCUGACCCGAGAGGAAGACCUGAUCAAAACGGACGACGUCCUGGAUCUGAACAACAGCGACCUGAUCGCCUGCACGGUGAUCACCAAGGACGGCGGCAUGCUCCAGCGGUUCCUGGCUGUCGACAUUUACCAGAUGAGUCUGGUGGAGCCCGACGUGUCCCGGCUGGGCUGGGGAGUGGUCAAGUUUGCCGGCCUUCUGCAGGACAUGCAGGUGACUGGCGUGGAGGACGACAGCCGCGCCCUGAACAUCACCAUCCACAAGCCCGCGUCCAGCCCCCACUCCAAGCCCUUCCCCAUCCUCCAGGCCACCUUCAUCUUCUCGGACCACAUCCGCUGCAUCAUCGCCAAGCAGCGCCUGGCCAAGGGCCGCAUCCAGGCGAGGCGCAUGAAGAUGCAGAGGAUAGCUGCCCUCCUGGACCUCCCGAUCCAGCCGACCACUGAGGUCCUGGGGUUUGGUCUCGGCUCCUCCUCCAGCCAGCACCUGCCUUUCCGCUUCUACGACCAGUGCCGCCGGGGCAGCAGCGACCCCACCGUACAGCGCUCCGUGUUCGCCUCCGUGGACAAGGUGCCAGGCUUCGCUGUGGCCCAGUGCAUAAACCAGCACAGCUCGUCCUCCCUGUCCUCGCCGUCGCCUUCCGCCAGUGGGAGCCCCAGCGGCAGCGGGAGUACCAGCCACUGCGACUCGGGAGGUGCCAGCUUGUCGUCCACCCCCUCUGCUGCCCAGAGCCCGGCAGAUGAACUCCCGACUGCAGAACAGCCUCAGCCUAACCUUCCCGACCAGUUGGUGAUCGUCAGUGAAACAGAAGCAGACACCAGGCCCUGCAAGAGCCUGGUGAGGAGCGCGGACGCAGAGCCAGUCAGCCUGUCCCCCAGCCUCAUCCCCGCCCAGCAGCCCACCAUCUCCCUGCUCUUCGAGGACACUGCCGACACGCUGAGUGUAGAGUCGCUGACCCUCGUCCCGCCCGUCGACCCCCGCAGCCUCCGCACCCUCGCUGGUAUCCCCCCGCCACCCACGCCAGCCGCGGCAGACACAGGGGCCCCAGGCGAGGGGACCGCGCCCCCGGAGCCAGCGGGCCCGGCCGAGCACUGAGCUGGCCUCCCUCUGUGUGUGGGCCCCGCUGGCAGGGACCCAGUGCAGCCGACGUGAGGGUUCUGCGCAGCCCCAGUAACCGGCUCCCGCCAUCCUUGCCCCUUCACCUCUUAGAAUCCCCCUGUCACUUCGCACCCCUUUGAGCGCAGGCUGGGGCCUGCAGAGACUCCCCUGGAGAACCCAGGUGGCCGAGGCGGCUGCCUCGGGGAAGAAGUUGGGCUCCUGGCCUCAGAGCCCUCGGCCCGGGGUGGCAGGACCCACCAGCAACACCCAGCACUCGCGUCGUUGGCCAGCCCCUCCCCAGCCUCGGAGGCCCUCUGCCGCCACCCCCAGUGUGUCCAGAAGAGCGGACAUGGUCACUUUGUAGAAAUGUGUAGAAAAGCAAACUUCGAUAAACAUCUCCUUUGGAUAUUUAUUCCUGCUUUUGGCAGCAGAUGAAAAGCAUCUAUGUAAAAAGCAUCUAUUUAAAAACAAAAGUUCAAAAAAAAAAAAUCCUCCACCCUAAGGUUUGAUGUCGUGUUAAAAGCGUAAUAUUACCGUUCCGGUCGCAUUUUCAUUUUCCCUUGACCUUCCCAGGGUUCAGGUUUCGAGUUUGCAGUUGGGCUUUCUCCGUUUUCUUCAGGGGGUCUUAUUUCUUAAUUACUCUCUAAAUCUGCAAGCCUGCGGAAUGACAAAAGUCCCUUCCUGGAAAGUUUAGAGUAUUUCUUAAACAAAAACACAGGAGAGACACGUAUUCUCAGGUACACCCAGAGCCAAGGGGCCGAAAGUUUCUCUGCCUUGGUAGCCCCCGGGGGAGCUGGCGUUACCUAAAAGGUCUUUCCACGAAAGGGGACGGUGCCAUCACCUCCCCGCCCAGGACCGGUCCUCAUCUCUCUGGACUAAAACCAAACAGGACGGUUUUCCAGCCUCACCUUGGCUUGUUACCACAAGUUUGUCUAAGGAAGGACCACUUGGGCCUGGGCAGAUUCCAGCCCCGGUGGCCGUGAUGGAAAAACAAAGUCAUGGAAACCACCUUCCGCGUAUGUCACCUGCCGCUCGACUGUGUGGGUGCCUGCGUGCCGGGAACCCCAAGAACCAGGCCCGCCCCCCGCCCCCGCCAACAGCCAGGGUGUGAUACCCAAGCUCGCAGCGUCGCCCCGGGAGCUAGGAGGUCGGCCCCCUUCCUCUCCGCCACUGCUGUGAAGAUGCAGGCUCGUUUUUUCAGUGCAAAGCCCCAGUUCCUGCUCCAUGUGGGGCUGGGUGUGUGCAGGCCAGUUCGCCACUGACUCCAGUAAAGCUCCAAAGACGUCCUUUCUACCCAGCCAGGCACAGCCAAGCAGCCCUCCCUUCCUGGGCCAGUGCCCAGAUCUUCCACACCUUGCCCCCCGAUAUCCCACAGGCGUGUCAACACCCGCUGUGUCAGUCCGCUGGGCCAGGCCGGCCCAGGCCAGACAUCCACCUCCCGAAGGAAGCACGCAGGCCGCACAUGGGAGGGGGUGGUGCCAGCAAGGAUGGGUCUCCAGCCUUCAGAGGCCCUCCGGGAGCUGUGCCCGGCCAGGGACCCUGUCAAGGGAGGCCAAGCCGUGGCCUUCCUUCAUCGAGGGCGCCGGGGAAAGACAGGCAGCCGGGGACGGAGCAGGGGAGAAGCGACGCGUGGUCAGGGAUGGGGGUCCCACGUCCCUCGGCAGCCUCUGGUUCUGCUUGGACACGGGGGGGCUAGCCACUCACUCCCGGUUCUGAACCGACUCUGGAGCAGCAGACGUGAGAGGAGGCCGGCGGCGCCAUUGGUGCAGGCGGACCCUCCCCCGGACCACCCCCCUGCCGUCCGAAAUCCAGGGGCUUCAUGGCCGCUGAGCUCUACGGGAGAAAGGUCUCAGGCGGGGGGGACGGCACCCCCAGGAGGGCCCAAGGCAGCGUCACCCCGGCCGGGAGAGCUGAAGGCAGCCGAGCCCUGUGGGCUGCUGCCUCGGAGGUGCCAGUCGAGCCAAGCGCCUGCCCCACCCCAGGCCAAGGGCAGCAAGCAAGGUCUCGGCUCUGUCUUCAGGAGCACCCUGAACACCUAACAGCGGGGGCACGUUCCGAGGGGCCUGGCCGGCCUGUGUGCGUGGCGUCUCAUGUUGGGCAGAGGAGUCGAGCCGGGAUCACGGGUCCCAAACUUGGAUCUCUGGGGUCAGCCUCGGCAGGCCCGUCUAGCCCGCCACCUCCAUGGCCCUGCAGAGACCCUCCCGAAGUCCACAUCAGGUGCCUGGGGGUUGGCCACACGAACCCCUAAACGUCAGCUUUGACGUUGCUGUGGGGACUCGAGCCAACCAGGAUGCCCCUCCCUCAAAGUCAGGCUGAGGCCGGGAGCCCCCAGGGAGGGUCUUCCCGCCCCCAGCAGGCCCUCAACGCCACCCUCCCCGCAUUGGGCCUGCCCUGCUCGGUGUUCCCUGCAGAAGGCAGCCCCACCGAAGCACCUGCGCUGCAGGCGGCCGGGGGCGAGCCAAGAAACCCACCUCUGUAGAGACACACUAGAUUUCUCCAAGGUCUCAAGAGGCACCGUCAAGAGGGGCACGGAGUGAGCUGAUUCUCAUCUUUUCUAGAUGCAAUAACUAAGUAAUGGUUAACGUAGCCAGGAUGGCAUUGGGCAUCUGCUGUGAGGGUUUCUCAUUCCUCUGAGCAGAAAAUACGUACAUGAUUCUUGUCCCGAGGAGGAGCAGGGUUGGGAAACCUCGUGUUUCUGGGCUGCAGGACCGUUGCAGGGAAGUACCUGCUCUCGCCAGCAUGACUCAUGCUUCGUGGGUACUGAACACGAGGGUGGAAAUGAAAACUGGAACUUCCUUGUAAAUUUGAACUUGGCAAUAAAAGAGAAAACGUUACCGAGAA